AUGAUUUUCGGUACACAAAACGUACGCACAUUUGCACUUAUGUUCAUUGUGCUUGCCUAUUUAAUGUUUGGUGCAGCUGUAUUUGAUGCUUUGGAAUCAAAAGAAGAAGCUCGCCUACGUACUGCAAUGAGAAUUCGAAUGGCUCGAAUUUUAUAUAAAAAUGAUACAAUUCAAAAUGAUACUAUUUUUCAUAUGUUAACAACAACUAUUUUUGAACAUAGACAUGUACGUACCGGAACAGCUAAACAAUGGACAUUUCCCGGUGCCUUUUAUUUUUCAACAUUAGUUGUAACACUUAUUGGUUAUGGACAUACAACUCCAAAGACAAUUGGUGGUAAAAUUUUUUGUAUGGUUUAUACAGUUGCUGGCGUACCACUCAAUUUAAUUAUGUUUCAAUCAGCAGGUGAACGAUUAAAUGCUAUUAUAUCUUUUGUAUUAUCACGUAUAAAACGUUUACUUGGUUUUCGUCAUCAUAAAGUUUCGGGAUUUGAAUUAAUUGCUGUUGAAUUUGGUAUGACAACAAUGCUUGUACUUGGUGGUUCAUUCGUAUUUUGUAAACAAGAAAAAUGGUCAUAUUUUGAAUCUAUUUAUUAUUCAUUUGUAACUUUUUGGACAAUUGGUUUUGGUGAUUUUGUUCCGUUAGCUAAUAUGCAACGUACUGGUCAAUCGCUUUAUUCACGUUGGGGUUAUUUUAUAUUUACUGUAUCAUUUAUAUUAUUUGGUUUAGCUAUAAUGGCUUCAUCGCUGAAUUUAUUAGUACUUCGUCUUGCUCAAUUUCAUUCGGAAAGUGAUACAGGUGGAAUGUCUGCACUUCUUAGUCAAAAUGAAGAAGAUCUUAUAGCUGCUGCUAUUGCUCAUCAUCGAGCAUCAUUUCAUAUGCAACAACGUAAUCGUAUUUGUUCGAAUAGCAAUAGUUUAAGUCCUAUUCAAAAACAAGCGCAAACAUUUCAAUUUAUGCGAACGUAUUCAUGGAAUUCAGCAUCGUCUUCCUCAUCUAGUUCAUCAUCUUAUUCCAAAUGUUAUUGUAUAAAAAAUUCCAAAGAACGUACUUGUUGUUCAAGUUUUUCGUUAUUUAAUACACAAAAACGUAAACGACGUCAUUGGCAUUUACGUCGAUCACCACAAAAUAUCAAACAUUUACUUCGUUUUGAUCAUCGAUUAGAAAAUCAUGAAUUAACAUCAAUAUGUAAACCACAAAAUCCUCAUCUAAUAAAUCAUAUAUCAGAUAGAAACUUACAGAAACGACAUAGAAUAUCAAUUUGA